UAUUUGUGCGAAGUAAACACUGAUAAAUCGAACGCAGCUGUGGCGGCAAAUACUGUGCAAUUCUUGUUGUAAAGUUUUGAUAAUGGAAAUUUGCAUAAAAUGGAGCAUGUGCCGCACCUGCACCAACGACAGUGGAGCUCUGCUACAACCGCUCUUCGACGAUCCAAAAGUGGCGCAACAGCUGCAGCAAUACGCCGGAGUUGAGUUGAGAGCUGACGAUGGAUUACCCGAUCAAAUAUGUACAGUUUGUGUGGCAAACUUGGACUUGGUGCACACAUUUCUAACGGGCUGCAAGAAAGCCGACGAACAUCUGAGAAAUGUGGUGCGUCGCACGAUGUCCUCGAGAAGUUGCUUUCCAAAGGUGUCUUUGGAGUCCGAGGAGAAACCAGUGAAAGUGGCAACAGAGGCACGACAGCGCAAACAAAUUAUUUCGGAGAGAAACGCUAAGAGUUUGUUGACUUCUCGAGCUAAAGAAGCAGCCGAUGAAACUGUUUUAAUAAGCUCAGCAGUUAAGGAACUGGAGUUGUCGAAAACAACAGCGAAAUCACGCAUUGACGACGAACAAUAUGUGGUUGUCAUGAAUCCCACAACAACGACAGACACCGACGACAGCGAAUACAUCAUAACCGAUCAUCACUACGAAGAAGACGACGAGCAGAUUGAGGAGAACAAUCUGCCAGCUGACGAACCCUCCAGUGCGGAUCUUGUGGCUGCUAUUAAACUGGAGCAGGAAACUGCAGUGGCAACGCAUUCCAUUGACUUGGGCGCUGCUUGUGAGCCGUCGAGUUUCCCUAAGCACAGCUGUUCUAAGUGCGGAAAUUCGUUUCCAAAUCGCACGCAGCUCAAAGCGCAUUUGCGCACACAUGGCAAGGAGAAGAGCUUUGAGUGCGAACUUUGUGGCAAGCGUUUCAAUGCCGCCUGCAAUCUGACGACUCACAUUCGGACGCACACAGGAGAGAAGCCAUUUGAAUGCGCUCACUGCAGUCGUCGCUUUGCCGAUCCCAGCACGCAUCGCAAACACGAACGGAUGCACACGAAUGAACGUCCUUAUGCCUGCGAUAUCUGUGCCAAAACCUUUUCGUUGUCAACCACCUUGAAGGCUCAUUUUCUUUCGCAUUCCAAUGAAAAACCGCACAAAUGUCAUAUUUGCAACAAAGGCUUUCGACUGCCACAUCAACUAAAGGCCCAUAAAAAGACACACGCUCAUCGUUUCGAACUGGGCGUCACGUCCUACACCCAGGAGGAAGAUGAAGAGGACGACUACUCAAGGAGCUGACUGCGCUUUAAAGCAUAGCUUAGACUUUAAAUUUCGCUCCUAUGGUAGCCAAAAUAUACGAUAAGAAAAAAGUA